CAACACUGAAAUCGAAUAGAUGGAGUAUAAUAUAUGCACCCUAUAAAUCAACCAUCCCUCCUAUAUAUAUUUAUGACUAUGCCAAUUAAGGCCAGGGAUACUUAAUUAUUUUGCAAAGUAUGCUAUUGGAAAAGAAUUAAUAUCCAGAGAAGUAUAUAUAUAGGUGUUAAAAAUGUGUAUGUACGCAAAUUAACACAAUAGCAUAACAUUAACGUUUUAGAUUUUGUUUUAAUUAAUUAGAGAUGGGGAGGGAUGGUAAAACAAUUAGUCGCUCGUUUAUCGGACUAUUAUCUUUGCUUGGCCUGCUAACCAUUGUUAUGGCGUCUGAUCAUAACUAUGGCGACGCUUUGUCCAAAAGCAUCCUAUUCUUUGAGGGGCAGAGGUCCGGCAAACUACCCGCUAACCAACGUGUGUCUUGGAGAAAAGAUUCUGCUCUUCAAGAUGGUUCAGAUUGGAAGGUGGACUUGGCAGGAGGAUACUACGAUGCAGGUGACAACGUAAAGUAUACUUUCCCAAUGGCCUUUACCACCACAUUGCUUGCAUGGAGUGUGGUGGAAUACGGAGGAGACAUGGGAAACGAGGAGUUGACCCAUGCACUUGAGGCCGUACGCUGGUCAACGGACUUCUUGCUAAAGGCUACCAACCAAGAGAAUGUUGUUUUUGGGUUAGUAGGUGAGCCUGUAGCUGAUCACAAUUGCUGGGAGAGGCCUGAGGAUAUGGACACUCCUCGUACCGCUUUCGCAGUCACCGACAAGGCUCCCGGCUCCGAGGUUUCUGCCGAGAUAGCCGCCGCCUUGGCGGCUGCUUCCAUGGCUUUCAAAGAUUCAGACCCUAACUACUCUAAUGGCCUUUUGCAAAGGGCUUUCAAGGUCUUUGAUUUUGCUGAUAAAUUCCGAGGUUCAUACAAUGAUAGCAUUGGGAAAUGGGUUUGUCCAUUCUAUUGCGACUUCGGUGGUUACCAGGAUGAUUUAAUUUGGGCUGCAGCAUGGCUUCACAAAGCUACAAAUACGGAAUGGUACUGGGAUUAUGUGAAGCAGAACAUAAAUAAUAUAUGGAUGGGUGCAACUGCGUUUAGUUGGGAUAACAAACAGGCCGGCAUAAACGUGCUCGCCUCUCAGUAUAUUCUAAAUGGGGGCGGUGGCAAAGAUUUCACCCCAUUCAUACCCAAUGCCGAUGCACUCAUUUGCAACGUUCUUCCCGAAUCGCCUUCAAAAACUGAGACAUUUACUCCUGGGGGGCUGAUAUUCAAAGAAAAUGCGGUGUGUAACAUUCAACGUUCAGCAGCUUUGUCGUUUCUUUUCGUAACAUAUGGACGGUACUUGGAAUCAGCCAAACGAACAGUGGACUGCGGUAAGGGCGUGUUUGGUACUCCAGCAAGGCUUACGGAGUUUGCAAGAUCCCAGGUUGAUUAUAUCCUCGGAGACAAUCCUAUGGGGGUGUCUUACAUGGUGGGGUAUGGUGAAAAAUAUCCUCAGAAAAUACACCACCGCGGGUCUUCGAUACCUUCCAUUGAUGAUCAUCCAGGACCCAUUGGGUGCAAAGAUGGGACUCCAUAUUUCCAGUCCCCAAACCCGAACCCGAAUUUGCAUGUCGGGGCUGUCGUCGGAGGCCCCGACGGAAAUGACAAAUUCGCCGACGAUAGAGCUGACUCGACGCACUUGGAGCCAGCUACUUAUGUGAAUGCGCCUCUUGUCGGAAUCUUGGCUCACCUUAAAGCUGUUUCUUAAACUAGGUUUUUUAAGGCUAUCAAUUAGGUUUUAGAGGGUAGAAUAUGUUCUUAACAAAUAAGUUAAAUAGGUAUCCACACAUACACAUACUAUUUGUAUUUUGUGCAAUUGUGCCCUCUCAUUCUUUAUUUAAUUAAAUCCAUCUCUUACAUACAUAGUUUUCAAAAUACUUUCCAUUCAUAUCAAGUCAAAACUUCUCAAUACUUUUCUACUUCAAUGAUGCUUUGUAUACAUGCCCUUCUACGGAAUGACUGAAAUGGGAGAAAAGUAAAUUUCAACUAAACCAACAAAUACAACUAACAUUGACCCAAAUGGUGCAUACAACAUUGAC